AUAAUUACCUAGCGCAUCACGCAAAAGCAGCAUUUGCCAAGAUGGUCGACAGACUGGUGAACAGCGAGUCGAAUACACGGCGAAUUGCCUUCGUGGAACAGUGCUUUGGUGCUUCUGGACAGCCUCUGAAGGUGCCAGGAAGAGUGUUGGUAGGGGAAGGCGUACUGACUAAACUCUGUCGUAAACGACCCAAACCCAGACAGUUCUUCCUCUUCAAUGAUAUACUUGUGUACGGCAAUAUUCUCAUCAGUAAAAAGAAGUAUAACCAGCAACACAUCAUAUCACUGGAGGAUGUCAAAUUAGAAAAUGUGGAUGAUGAAAUAACCCUGACUGACAUCGCCUUGCGCAAUGGAUGGAAGAUCAUCAGUCCAAAGAAAUCCUUUGUAGUUUAUGCAGCAACAACUACAGAAAAGACACAAUGGAUGUCGCAUAUAAAGAAGUGUGUUAAUGACCUUCUACUGAAAAGGGGAAUAACUCAGGAUACAGCCAAUGAUUCACCUGUAUGGGUGCCAGAUGAUGAAGCGACUGUGUGUAUGCAUUGUCAUAAAUACCAAUUCUCUGUGAUAAACAGACGGCACCAUUGCAGGAAGUGUGGUAAGGUGGUGUGUGGUCCCUGCUCCAAUCAGAAGUGGCUCCUCCCACAACAGUCGUCUAAGCCAAUCAGAAUCUGUUUGUCCUGUUACCAAGAAUUGUCCUCAGCAAAAUCCAACAACGCAGGUCCACCUCCAGCAGCUACUGGGGCUGACGAUUCCUCUGGUGAGGACUCCUCUGACGACGAUGAUACAAACUAUGCGAGUGUGGAUACUGUUUCACAGGAUGAGCAGUUCCAUUCCUACAACUGAUCAAUUUCAUUUGAUAGACACACUAUUGGCCUACACAACGGACUGGCUCCUUGUUGUACUGAAAUUUUAAAAUAUCUUCAUAUUAUACAUGUCAGUGCUUUUCAUCAUUUGUCUGUUACCUAGGGAACGUUUCUACCGUUCUGUAAUUCUUUAUAAUAGGUGUAUGGAUACUGUUACAGUAUAGUGGACAAUACUACAGCAUACAAAGGUCAUGUGACCUAUGUCAGUUCAUGGUUAUAUGACCUCUGUCUUGGAUCAUGGUUUAGAUGACCAUUGGUCAGUUGUCCAGUACACUAUCAGAUUAUGCACAGUACUGCAUUGUUGUAAUGAUAAAAAUAUCGCCAUUGAUAACAAAUUAUAAAAAAAAAAGUUUUAAUUGGUCAGAGUUAAACAUUUUAAGGAUGUUUUUGAAGCUAGUGAUUUAAAGAUAUUCUUUAUGAGCGUAUCUUUAUGAAAGGAUGUUGUUUACAAACAUUUACUGUAAGAAACAAGGGUUUGAGUUUUUGUUAUAU